UACCUUUGUCAUUCAUGACAUCAUAAGCCUGCAAGGCAGAUGACCUGAGUUUCCAUUGCCGCGGCUGCUAGCACACUAGAUAAAACUACUAAAAACUAGUAAAAACUCCCCUCCAGAGGUUUGUUCUAUACUAUAAAUAUUUCAUUUGAAUGAGAAUCAUUGAGAAGUUUCCUGAGCAAGAGAGAGAAGCUGUCUAAACUAAGCUGAGACGAGGCAAUGUGGGGGACUUCCUGAUUUGAGCAAAGCACAGGCUAAAGUUAGCCACAAUCAUGGCUUCAAGAACACUCUUCCACUAGGGACCGGCCUGAUUUGGAAAUGAUACACCAUCUUUAACAACCCAACAGGGAAGCAUACUAUGUUGCACGGUUGCGAUCAAAAAGUUCAAAAAUGAAUCAAAAGGAGUUAUCUGACGGUACGGGCCUGAGGGAUGUUUUUGACAUACUCGUCAACGUCCCACCGGAGCAAGUCUUGAGUCUGACAUUCCAGCUCGAGGAGUCUCCUGAAGAUAAUAUCAUACACGCCUUGUGUCUGAUUAUUCUCCGUAAAGAAGAGCAAGCCUUGGACAAACUGGGCCUGCUGGGGGACCAUGACCUGGCCAAGCAUCUUGGUGAACUAUGGAAGAAGAGUCAGGGUAGAUUAGAAGACUUUGCACAGUGCUGUGGAGAAUCCAGACAGUUAACAGGAGAAUCUUUGGCAGCGUUGGCUCGUGUUUUUAAAAUUCUGUUCAAGCACAGACUCUGUGAUCAGAUUUUAAGGAAUCUGGCCUACAAAAGGGCCCUUUCCAGUGACAGUUCCGGUGAAGAUCUGUUAUAUGAUUCGCUCAGAGAGGAAGCUAAAAAUGUGUGUGGGCCUCAGCUUGCCGUGUGGAUGUGCUCCUCCAGGGAUCUCAAAUCAGACUCUUAUCAUGAUGCCCCUGACAGUCUGGUUGAAGGGGUGACAAACCAGGUCAGAGGCUUUCCCAGCACACUGCAGUCAAGCUGCUCCGAGCUUUCUUUUCCCACGCAUCUGGAGAUCAGCUUGCCCGUGACAGUCCCGUACGUGGAGGACAAAAUGACUCCAGAAGCACCAGGAAACCCUGAACAAAGCCUUAUUACACCUGCUGGGAGCGACAAUUCUCCUGAGCAAUCUCAACUCUCGUCUGUGUUGUCGCAGCCAACAUGCAGCAAACUGCCAACCACGGAUGUAGCAUCUCAAAGCGAGCACAUAAAAAAUAUGGAUUUCACCAAGAAAGAACCUCUGAGCCAAAGCACCUUACCAACCAUGGUGCUUUCUUCUUUAGCUUCUGCAACAAACAGCAUUCUACCCAAGAGCACUGUUUCACUGGAGAUAGAUAAGGCUGAAAGCGCAGAAGAGGAGGAUGAAGAGGUCAUAUUUUAUUCAUUUGUCAUCCUACAUGCUCCAGAAGAUGCGGAAGCAGCCGAGAUCAUGAAGGAAAAACUAGAAACUGUCAUAGGUCAUAAGGGUGCGACUUUCUCUGAGGACUUUGCUAUACCAGGUAUGAGCACCCUGAAGUGCGUAGAGGAUGCUAUCAACAACUCGGCUUUUACUCUUCUGUUGCUCACCCGCAACUUCAACACACGUAUGCUGGAGGUGAAGACCAACUCGGCGCUGAUCAACUCCAUUAACAAGCAACACAAACACAACACAGUCAUACCUGUGCUACCGAAGGACAACCGCAUGCCCAAACAUAAACUGCCUAUCGUGCUGCAGACUUUGGUUCCCCUUGAAGAGAGCAAAUGCUUUGAGAACAAAAUAAAAAAGGCGUUGUCAUCAGCAAAAAUUAAUAAUCAAAAAAGAAUUUGGUCUGAAGAGCAGAGAACACGAAAUGAACAUGAAGCAGCACAUAUGCUGGGAAAACUCAACAUCGUGCGCCAUCCAGUCGACGUUCCCAGUGCGGAAUCAGUCUGGCAACACCAUCCAAGCAUUCAUAUUGAAAAUGCUAAGUAUAUUAUGAUUGGUAAUGACUCUCAAAUGACUGUGGAUUACUGUGGAGUUGCUGAGAAAGACAAUUCUAUAGUUACAGAUGACAGGAAAUAAUUACCAGUUGGUAUGAUUU